CGCCUAUCUCCGCGAGCAGGUUGCACGUCCAAGUUGGCAUGGCUUCGGGUUUCUUGUGCGACAGCAAGUCAUGGCGGGACACCAAACGUGCUGCCAUCUCUCGCCUGUACGAGGGGCAUUCGAUGUGGAGCGCGCUCCUAUAAGCAGCACUGGGCCGUUCCAGUGCUUCAGCGGUCAUUCCAGCGCCAUCAAUUGAUAUCCAGCUCGAUCCCUUCAAAGCCGUGAACGAGACAACAACCUGAGUUUCCGUCCAUUCUCCUCUCUCUCACUUGGCCUCCGCCAGGGCAUGCAAAACAAAUCAUGCCGGAAACGCGUUCGCCGGGGCAUUGAACAGGUGCCACCGGAAUCUUCUAAUGAGCACCGGAUAUACGAACAGAACAGUCAAAUCUCCCCCCUCCUGAGGCUCCCGCCGGAACUGCGCCUUCGCAUCUACGAACUGCUGCUCUCCGUCGGCCAGAUCAGCAUCGCCUACCGCCCAUGGGAUCCCAGAGGGAGGGCCAGGACCGGCUUCUACUGCCGCACACUCUCGGCCGGCCAGAGCCCAUGGGAACACAGUAUCUCGGACAUGGACAAAGGGCGGGAGGCGCACAGCGGUAGCAACGUGAGCGAGGCCGCGCUGGCCGGCGUCGGCAGCAGCCGGGGUUACAGCGGCGUCACGCUGCUUUCGGGCGUGUGCCGACAGCUGUACCACGAGACGGCCGUGCUGCCCUUCAAGCUCAACGUCUGGUCGUUUGUCGGGUCCCGACUCGUGGAGCGCUACCUCAAGGAGCGGAGGAUGUCGCUCCGCCAGCGGCGGGCGGUCCGCACGCUCUUCGCGCGCGAGAAGGCGAGCGCGUCGGUCGAGAAGUCAUUUGGCGGGCUCAAGGUCAUUGGCUGGCGCGGGGACAACGGCCGCCUGGUCAAGUGCAGCACCAGCCCAAUCAUGCACAGUGUUAGAGCUGGUUGAAGCGAGACGCGACGCCACAGUCUUUUGCGGUUUGCUGCCUUUGUUUCUGCGUGUCUGGUCGCCAUCUCGAGUGGACUCCUCGGACGGGCACUGUACAGAGUAUGGAGGAUUCCAACUUGCGGUCAGGAAGGCCAAGGAGGGGGACCUCCUGCUGUUGGUACUGCAGCAAUGACGUCCUGACAUGACCCCUGCACGUAGCUUUGGCUUGCAUCAAACGCGGUGGAGCUCAGCAGUGAUCGCUUGCCUCCCUCCGCAGACCUGUUGGAAAUGCCGCCUGGAGACCUCCACUAUUCCCAAUAGAAGCCCCCG